AAAAAGAAGAUGGAUAAAGGGGAAGUUAAGUUUUUGGUGAAGUGAAAGAAACAACAGGAAGACUGCAGAGAGGAUGGUUGAGACCAACAGAACAAUGGUCGUGGUUUUUCUCCUCUGUGCCGCUGCAGUGCUAGCAGAGGGCCAGACUCUUGAUGUAUGUGCAAGCUGCCAUGUUAACGCAACAUGUGACGACAAGUCAGACGGCUCUGGUAAAGUUUGCAACUGCAAGUACGGGUUUGUUGGAAAUGGAAGAACUUUCUGUCAAGACAAAGAUGAGUGUCAGAUUGGAGCUAGUAAGAUCUGUGGGCCGCACACCACCUGCCACAACACAUACGGCAGCUACUACUGUACCUGCCUGUCAGGCUACAGCCCCUCUAACAACCUGGACGUCUUUAUCCCCAAUGAUGGAACCAGCUGCCAGGACAUUGACGAGUGCAGCAUCACAGGCCUGUGUGGAGACGGAGGUGUAUGCAGAAAUCUAGUGGGAAGUUUUGAAUGCAGCUGCCAGCUGGGAUACCAAGUCCACAAUGGACCCAAGACCUUCAACCCUCGCAUUAACAAAGCUUUCUGCAAAGUGGUAGACUGUGGCCGACCUGGGUCAGUGAAGGACAUGGUGCUGCUGCCACUCACACAGACCACAUACGGCAGUAUGGCCAUGUUUGAAUGUGCUGAAGGCUUUGUGUGGAGGAGUGGAGACAACAGCUCUGUGUGUGGAGCUGAUGGACGGUGGAUAGGACCAACUGCAGUCUGUGAAGAUGUUGACUGUGGCCCUCCGCCUGCCCUGCCUAACUCUCACAUGCUUUGGAAUAACAGUACAAGGAUGGGCACUGAGGUGCUUUAUGAAUGUUACUCUGGAUAUCACAAUGUUGGAGAGAGCAAUGUAUCGAUGUGUACAGCUGAUGGAGUGUGGGAGAGACCGUCUUUGCUCUGUCGAGAGACCAUGUGUGGAAACCCUCCUAUAAUUGAAUCCACUAACUAUGUGUGGAACAGUAAUUCAACCCCUGGCAACAUUGUGCUAUAUUUUUGUAAGGAGGGCUUUCAGACCAAAGGAGUAUAUAUAUCCAUCUGUAUGGACAAUGGUCAGUGGACACAACCAGCUUUGUCAUGCCAAGAGAUAUUGUGUGGGGUUCCUCCUACACUGCCUCACACUGGGCAUGUGUGGAAUGGCACCUCUACCCCUGGCAGCACAGUGGCUUACUUCUGUAAAACAGGAUUUUAUCACAGUCAAGGGAACAAUAUAUCGUUCUGCACUAUUGAAGGUCACUGGACAGUGCCAGAUAUCUCAUGCACAGAAAUUGACUGUGGUGUACCCACACUCAUUCCUCAUUCAGUCAUGCUGUGGGAUAAUACCUCCACUGUGGGCUCGCAGGCUGUUUAUCAGUGUAACUCUGGAUAUCACAAUGUGGGAGAAGGAAAUGUGUCCGUUUGCACUGCUGAUGGAGAAUGGAAAGAAGCCUCUCUGCUCUGUCAAGAAAUCAGUUGUCAAAAGCCUGCUUUUAAACCUCACACAAAAAUGCUCUGGGAUGGCACAUCACAUCUCAGCAGUGUGGUUCUUUACCAAUGUGAGGAAGGAUAUCACACCAGGGGCCAGAGGAACUCCUCAGUAUGUGGAGUGGAUGGACUGUGGGAGGAUAUUGAUAUGUGGUGUGAAGAUGUAAGCUGUGGUCCCCCACUAAACCUCCCCCAUACUAACCUCCUGUGGAAUGGCAUCAGUAGACCGGGCAGUGUGGUGCUGUAUGAGUGCAUGGAUGGAUUUUAUCAGGACAGUGGAAAUAAUAUUUCAACAUGUUUACUAUCAGGAGAUUGGGGGAAGGUAUCUGUAGAGUGCAAAGCUAAAUGUGGCCCGAUGCCCCUCCUUGAGAACUCAGAGGUGGAGUGGCAUAACAGGAGUGUUGUGAUCCACCGCUGUGUGGAUGGAUAUCACAGCUGGAGGGGCAGCAACGUCUCAGUGUGUGGAAGCUCUGGGGUUUGGGAGAUGGCUUCAUUGAAAUGUAUAGAAAUAAAGCCACCUGUCAAUCACCUAAUCGUCAUCAAUGAAAAGUGUCUGCACUGGAAAGCAGAGAAGUAUGAUGAGGACACAGAAGUUUACAAGGUGACAUAUGUUGGAUCCAGAGACUACCAGAGGUCCUUUCAUGAUCAAAGAAAGCAGUUUAUGAGAUCCAAGUCUGACCAGCUGGAACUCUGUCUGAACCUGCUCCCGUUCACUAACUACAGCAUCUCAAUCAGUGCAGUCUCUGCUGGAUUCACAGCCACCCUCACCACUAGCACCAGUUUGCCAGAGCCUCCAGCACCUAUUGUCUGCUUCCAAGAGUUUCAGACUCCUAUGCCAACUUUGAGGCUACAAAGGUCACACAACACACUUGACCCUAUAAGUUUGUACCAGGUGUUUGUGCUUCAUGUAGAGGGGAGUAUGCUGUUUGACUGCUCCUCUCCUGCGAGCUUACACUCCUUAAAGAAAAACAAGCCCUCGACAGAGUACAUCACUGCCCAGAUUGAUGUCAGACAUGUUGGGACAGAGAUGACCUUUACUGUAGGGGAUGGACUCCAGUACGGCGGCUUCUUCAAUGCACCACUGGAGAACGGCAGAAAUUAUUAUAUCAUCUUGCGCGCUGUCAGUCAGUGGAAAAAGGCUUUAAAAAGUACCUGUGUCAUGUGGGCUAAAGUAGGAGGUACAUCCUAUGCUGUGCAGGUUUCUGCUCUGUCUGCUGCUGCAACAGUAGGCACCAUUGCCUUGAUCAUUUUGGGAGGAUACAGUUUAAUCUGGUUUUUAAAGAAGAAAUAACACUCAUUGGACGACUGCUGAUGACCUUUUCUUUUGUUUGUUUGUUUGUCUUUUGUUUGUCUUUUGUUUGUUAUUAUUAUUCAAAUUUAUUGAAAAUUAAAUUUGCUUUACUGCAUAUUUGUACAUUUUGUAAGAAACACUUAAAAUAAACACUUCUUAGAAAUGUUCGAAUGUGUACUGAAUUGUAAUUGGAUGUAAAAACUGCAGUCAUUUCUGAAAUGACUGUAGUGUAUUAGGUUACAGUUCAAAAACCUUUAUGAUUUGUAAACACUUAAAAUAAAGUAAUGAGGCCUA